AUGGCACGUCAACUGGAUGCCGUCACAGCACCGAUUAAUAUCAAUGUUCGUUUUCCAUUCUUUGGUGAAUGGUACGAUGUCAUUCGUGUGUGGAGUCACGGUUUAAUCCUUUUUGGCAAUAUCACCUAUUCUUUGCCACACAAUCCACCUGGUCCUUUUCCAUUGCGUAAUUUUGUGUGUGCUGCUCCUUACUGGGCAGAUACAGACAUUUCGCAAGAUGCGUCUAGUAAUAUAUUCUAUCGAGAAAUCACUGAUGAUGCUACAUUAAUUGAAAUAUCAAGCAUGAUACGUCAUGGGUUUCCUCUACUGUCAGCUAAUCGAAUGCUAUGGGCAUUUGUGGCCACUUGGUACCGAGUUCCAGGACAUCAAAGUGAUCCAGGUCGAAAUACGUAUCAGGCCAUCAUAGCAACCAAUGGUAUUUAUUCAUUUACUCUCUAUACAUAUAAUCAAUUACAAUGGUCUGCUGGAUUAUGGGGUGGUUAUCCUCAAGUUGGUUUUAAUGCUGGUGAUCAAGUUAAUUUUUUUACUGUAGAAAACUCCUUCUCAGCUGAUAUUAUUAAUAUAGCACAAGAGUCAAACGUCGGUCUUCCGGGUAGAUUUAUUUUCCUAACAAAUGGUAAUAUUAGUGAUAUUCAAUGUAACACUACACAUGGUUUACAAACUUCACCAUUUCGAGGUUCCAUGCACGGUGGCUAUCAAAUACGACUAUUUGGUAUUUGUUUUCCUGAACCAUCCUACAUUGUCCAAAUCAAUGGUCAAGAGAUAACCGACUGUCAAGUGACCACGGUAUAUAUAGCCUGUACUAUGCCUAUAGUAUCCGAAGGCCGAUUGAGCAUUCAGAUAUUUACUAUAGCUAAUCAACUGGUUGGAGAAACAUCUUUUCUAUCGAUUCUACCUGAAUCAAACGCUGAUUUAUUAUUGAAUAAUCAUGGUGAUCUUAUUAAUAAACCUAGAUUUAUUGAAGAUCGUCGUUUAGAAUUACAGUUCAAUCAAAAUACUCUGACGACAAAUUAUCUAUUCCGAAUUAUUAUCUACGAUUACAGUUCUCAAUAUAUAGCACAUAAUAACACAUUUUACAAUACACUCACUCGACGUGUUGAUCUUGGUCUUGGUUCAUUGAAUCUUUCCACUUUGAACAAUUUAACCAUUCAUUUUCAAUCCAUUUUUCCUAUUACUGGUGUACCAAAUGAUCAAGCUCAUAUGUUAGAUAUUACUUUCGAAUUGAUUCAACCAAAUAUAACAUUAAACAUAUCACAAUGGAAAGGUACUCAACAAUUUAUUGCACGUACAUUUAUUGUACCGUACACUCUUUUCUCAUCCUAUUGUCCAUCAUGGUCUGCUUUACAAUCUGAUAUUAAAACACAAAAUAUAACUAGAAAUGUUCCUCAAUGUCCAUGUCGUAUAAGAACUACAUGGGAUGACGAACAAUUUGGUUUCAAUAUGGAUCCUGUCUGUGAUGGACGUAAAUCAGAUUCAUCGAACUGUCAGUAUCAACGUGGAGCAAGAGGAUGUUAUCAAAGAAAAUCAUCAACGAGUGAUGGAGGUGCACAUUGUUGUUAUGAUAAUGGUGGUAUAAUGAUUAAUGAUGUGAGACGAGGAGGUGGCUCAAUAAAAGAACAUUAUCCUGAAACUUGGAAAACAUUAUCAACAUUUCAUCAUUUCUUCUUUGAUUUUCUUCCUUACUUUUCAUGCUGUGGUAUUUCAACUGAAGUACUAGGUACUUGCACACAGUAUAUGAGAUAUCGACCUGCUGGUACAUGUGUCAAUUUAAUACCAUUACCACCUGUGACGGUAAACGGUGAUCCACAUUUUUCAACACUGGAUGGAAAUUCUUAUACUUUCAAUGGUCAUGGUGAAUAUAGUUUACUUCGAUCACUUGAUGGACAAUUUGAAAUUCAAGUACGACUCGCUCAGUUAGUGAAUGCAUCAGGAAGUUCUACUUCGACAUCGACGACAGAGAGUGGAACAGUGAUUUCUGCAUUCGUUAUUCAAAAUGAAGAUCAACCACAAUUUACACCACUUUCAGAGCCAGAUGAAUUAUUAUCUUCUUCAUUGAUCUAUUCUGAUGAUCAUCAAUUGAUUCUUCGGCAAAGAGAUGCAAAUAGUUAUAGCAUUUCUUAUGGUGAAAGUGGACUUCAAUUUAUUGUGUAUCUACGACCUCAAUUUGAUUUUCUUGAUUUCGUUUCUAUUAUACCAAGUACAUUCAAAGAUAAGAAAAAAUUUCAAGGUAUACUUGGUGGUUUCGAUGGUCUUGCAUAUGCAAAUGGAACAAAUGUAUCAACUAGUUUAAAUGAUGAUCAAGCAUUAUUUACUUACGGUGAAUCAUGGCGUACGACAAGUGAUUCAUCACUUUUCUAUUAUCGUUUUCAGGAUAGUCAUGCUGAACAUCAAGAUUUAAACUAUCGUCCUAUGUUUAAACAAGAUCUUUUUCAAAAAUAUGCGAAUACCGAUCGAUACCAUAUGGCUGAAGAAGUUUGUCGUAAUAUGACUCAUGAACAACAAUGUAUGUUCGAUGUUUUAAUUACGAACGAUGCUACCAUGGGACAAAUGCAUGAAAAAUAUGAAAUGAAUAUUCAGUUAUUAGAUGAAUAUAUUGAAUUAGUAACAAUCGAUAUUGAAAUUAGUGAACUUACAACAAGUACAUCUAACAGUGAAAUCACAUCAAAACCACAAAAUAGUGCUAUGAAAUAUUUUACAAACGAAAUCUGGAAGAUUGCUCUCUUCGUAUUGGCUGUCAUCUAUUACUAA